AUGAGCCAGACGGUCGUCUUCAGCCAGGGCAUGUUGGAGGCCCUAGCUGUGAUGCGUUCGGACGACGCCUGGGAGGCGAUCGAGGCGGCGGCUCCGCAGCCGCGGCUCAAGGUCGAAGGCGAAGCCGCGAUGGCGGCGGCGAGGCAGAAGCUCAUCGGCGAGCUCGACGCCUUGCCUCGCGACUCACUGGCUCACGUCUUCGCCGGCUUCCUCCGGACCGUGGACGGCUUCGCCGCCUUCGCCGCGCAGUCCGAGCUGGCGUGCGCCGAGCUCGACCUUGUGCGAGGGCAUGACUACCUAAAGAACGACCUCUUCCUCGCCGUCGUGCGCGCGGUCCAGCAGGGCCGCGUCGUCGGCAUCCUCUUCGGCACGCCGUGCUCGUCCUUCUCCGAGGCCCGCCACAACAAGAGCGACGACCCGCGCUACGCCUGCUGCAAGCCGCUGCGGCUCAACCGCGCCAACCUUGUCGACCGCAGCGGGCUCUCGCCCAAGGAGCGCGCAGAGGCGGGCAUAUGCAGGCCGAGUGUGUGCGCCGCACUGGAACACUCUCGGAACCUUCUCGGAACCUUCCCGCAGGUGGCCAUGCACGACGAGCUGCGGUACUACUGCGGCCCAGACCGCGUCGCGCUCAACCUCCACCCCGAGGUCGUCGCGCUGAUCGCGGCGACGGGCGCCAAGAUUCUCCACGUCGCGCAGUGCCGCUUCGGCGGCAAGUUCCAAAAGGUCACGAUGCUCAUCGUGUCGCCGCGCGUGUACGAGGCGCUCAAGUCCAAGGGCAUCACGCAGGAGAACCAACUCUACCAGUGCUGGUGGCAGCCGGACAAGGGCUGCCACCUGCGCGCGUCGCUGGGGCGCCCGGCCGGCGCGAUCUCGCGUCGGCGUCGUCGUCUGCCUGCGGCGGCUGUGGCUACUGCGGCCGCAGCGAGUGCGGCGAGUGCUCGCUUCUGCGCGGGCAAGACAAAGACGAUGGUCGCCCGCGCCGAGCACCUCUGCAGCGCAGGCACCUCUUGCAUGCUGCUCGUCUUUGCGCGCAAGGCGGCCGAGGAGCUGCGCCGGCGCCUCUGCGCGCGGCGGCUGUCUGGCGUCGAGGUGCUCACCCUGCACAAGUGGGCCCUCUCGCUGCUGCGGCGCAGGAUGCCUUUGCGGGUGCUGCCGGAGGCGGAGGCGAAGGCGCUGACCGUCGUGGCCGCCUCGAAGGUUGCGCCGAGGCCGCCUCAGGUCAAGGAUGGGGACAUCCUCGCCUUGCUGCAGAGGGCCGAGCGGCGCCCGGCGACGAUACCGCCGGACGAUUGGCUGCUGCGCGUGCGCGAGAUGUUUGACCGCCUCUGCACUUCGGCGGGCGCGGUCCUUCUCGGCGCCGUCUUCCGGUUGGCGGCGGAGCUUCUGCAGCGCGACGGCCGCCUGCUGGCGGAGGUGCAGAGCGAGGUGAGGCACGUGCUGGUGGACGAGGCGCAGGACCUCGACGCUGCGCAGCUCGCCCUCCUCGAGCUGCUCCGCGCCGGCUCGAGCCCGGUCGGCAUCACCGCCGUCGGAGACCCGCGGCAGGCAAUCUUUGGCUGGAGGGGCGCGGCGCCAGGCACUAUCGUUGCGUUCGCCGACGCGGUGCUCGGCUCGACGCAAGAGUCGGCGGUGAAGGCGCACCGCGACGGCGGCGAGGCUGUCGAGCUGCACGCCGCCAAGACGCCUGACGCGGAGAUGGCGUUGAUUGCGAAGCUGGUCCAGUCGCUUCACACCGACGGCGCGCCGUUCGACCAUAUCGCAAUCCUCUUCCGCACCAACGCGCCCGCCCGAUCGCUCGAGGAGUACCUGCAGAAGGAGUCCAUCCCCGUCUCCCGCUUGACCGCCCCCGAGGCCAGCGCCCGCACCUGCUGCGCCGCGCUCCUCUCGCUCCUCCGCCUCGUCAGCGACGAGAACGACAAUGCCGCCUUCCUCGCCGUGCUGUGCGCUGCGCCCGACCGCAGCCGACCGAGGGCGGACGACCUCUCUGCCCUGGAGAAAGAGGCGUCGUCGCGGAGCAUCUCUUUCUGGGACGCGGUGGGCGACGGAGGACUCGCCCUCGAGAUCAGUACCGCUCGCUUGCUGGUGAACAAGCUUCAGACAGCGCUCCAGACGCAGAGGCCGUCCGAGCUCCUGCACAACGCGGUCUACCAAGCGCAGCAGCGGAAGCCCAUCGUAGACAACCAAGGCCGGUACGAGCUCCGCCAGCACGAAGGGGAGGCGGAGGGCGACGUGCCGCCGAAGGAGCUCCUCGCCACCUUCUUGGAGAAGGUGGCGGAGGAGGAGGAGCGACGCGGGGCUGGGGGGGGCGUCGAGGUGACCACUAUGCACGCGGCCAAGGGGCGGGAGUGGCGGUGCGUGAUCGUCGCAAACUUGACCGAGGGCCAGAUGCCGCUCGCCGAAGCCGACGAGGAGGAGGAGCGGCGCUUGCUCUACGUGGCGUGCACGCGCGCCAAGGACCGCCUCGUCCUCACGCACCCGCGCAGCGAGCAGCUCUCGCGCUUCCUCAGUGCGGACCGGGAGGGCAACGAUAUCCUGCUCUGCGAUUGGAGAGGCUGCAAAGCCGGCUGGCACAUGCAGUGCCUAUCGCCGCCGCUACGGGAGGUGCCCGAAGGGCAGUGGCUCUGCCCGGCGCACGACCCUCGGCGGGCCAGCUCACUUCCUGCGCGACCUGCGAAGCGGCCAAGGCUGGCGACUGGCGCGGGCAGCAGCUCUGGCGCGGGCAGCAGCGCUGGCGCGGUGGCGUCUGCGGCGAACAGCGCGACCUCGCAGUCUUCGGACGGGCCCUGCGCCAGCGUGCCGUCGCCGCCGCAGUCCCUGCUGCAUCAGAGGGUCCGCGUAUGGUGGAGCGAGGAGAGAAAGUGGUUCUCCGGCAAAGUCGUCAAUUACCGGGCCGUGCUCGAGCGGCGCACCCGCCGUGCACGCCAUCGCUACUCGGUGAAGUACGACGACGGCGACAGCCGGGAGCAUUUUCUCGGCAAUGAUGAGCCAGAGUUCGAGUCUUGGCAGAUCUUGCCAUAG